UUCGUAUCCUUUUCGCUGUUGCUUCAUCCAUAGGGAAUGCAUUAAAAAAAAAAAAAAGGGGGGGGGGGACCCUAAUCCUAUCCUUUUUAUUUUCGGGAAUUUCUUCGGUUUAUGCUUGGAAGGCGUCCGAUGCUUUGGAUUCGGACACCGUGUGGAUGCUAAUCAUCGCUCGACAUGUCCUGGUAACCUAUUGGAGGAGAAUAUAUGCCACGAUACCACUUAGAUGAUAUGGAUGAAAUGGCAGAAGAUUAUGAGAUGGGCGAUGUAGAAGAUGACAUGUAUGAAGAAUUUCAAGGUAGAGCAAUGGGCUAUUCAGACUCUGAUGAUGAAGAAUAUGACCCUUUGAAUGGAAGGGCAAAUGAUAUUUCCUCUGCUCAAGCAAGGAAAGGAAAAGAUAUUCAAGGAAUACCAUGGAGUACACUAAGCAUUACACGUGAGAGGUAUAGACAAACCAGGCUGGAGCAGUACAAAAACUAUGAAAAUGUUCCAAAUUCUGGAGAAGAAUCUGAAAAGGAAUGCAAACCAACAGAGAAAGGUGGCAUGUAUUAUGAGUUCCAGCGAAAUACAAGAUCUGUCAAAUCCACUAUUCUUCAUUUCCAACUGAGAAAUUUGGUUUGGGCUACAUCAAAGCACGAUGUCUACUUAAUGUCACAUUAUUCUGUGCUUCAUUGGUCCGCUUUAAAUGGAGAAAAAUAUGAAGUUAUCAAUGUUUCAGGGCAUAUAGCUCCAUGUGAGAAACACCCUGGUAGCUUGUUGGAAGGAUUUUCACAAACACAAGUUAGUACAUUAGCUGUGAAAGAUAACUUGCUUGUAGCAGGAGGAUUCCAAGGUGAACUUAUCUGUAAGUUUUUAGACCGGGAAGGAAUUAGCUUUUGCUGCCGAACGACAUAUGAUGACAAUGCUAUCACCAAUGCUUUGGAGAUUUAUGAAAGUUCGAGUGGGGCUGUUUGUUUCAUGUCUUCAAAUAAUGACUGUGGAGUACGAGACUUUGAUAUGGAGAAAUUUCAGCUUUGCAAGCAUUUUCGCUUUCCAUGGCCCGUGAAUCAUACAUCACGUAGUCCUGAUGGAAAAGUUCUUGUCAUUGUGGGAGAUGAUCCUAACAGCAUGUUGGUUGAUGCUCAUACGGGAAAGACUGUCCAUACCUUGCAAGGUCAUCUGGAUUUCUCAUUUGCAUCGUCAUGGAAUCCUGAUGGCCAAACGUUUGCCACCGGUAACCAGGACAAAACGUGCCGGAUUUGGGACAUCAGGAAUCUAUCAAAAUCUGUUGCCGUAUUGAGAGGCAAUCUUGGCGCUAUCAGAUCGGUUCGCUUUUCAUCUGAUGGUCAAUUUUUGGCAAUGGCAGAACCUGCUGAUUUUGUUCAUAUCUACGACGUGGGAAGUGGGUACAACAAGCGACAGGAGCUGGACUUCUUUGGUGAAAUCUCAGGCAUGUCAUUCAGUCCCGACACAGAAGUGCUAUUUGUUGGGGUAUGGGAUAGGACUUAUGGUAGCCUACUACAAUACGGCCGGGGACGAAACUACACUUACAAUGCUCUUCCCUCAGGAUCGGAGAGUGCUGCUGAUGCAAGCUCCACCGCAACAAUUUGAUACUUACCUUUCUUGUUCUUUUCUUUUCUGGAAUUGUAAUUUCCCUUUGUUGGUUAAACUGGAAAAGGGUAUAGAGUCUGCUACCUCGCACUGUUAUUCCAAAUGUAUGAAGUCUUCGAGGGUUUAGACAAAUGGAGCCAUGCCUACGAAGCUUUAAGCUUAUUAGGUAACAGUACCUCGCUUAUAACAGCAGUGAGAUAUUGAUUCUGAGUUAAAUAAGCUUGUUGCUCUUUAGAAAAAUACACAUAUUCAUGUAAAUGGUUCUUUUUUACUUUGUAAAUCUUGCAUUUUCUUAGCAGCUA